CUACAACUAAACCUGUUGCAAGCCGUGGACCAGCCGCAUCCUGUUGCUUUUAAGCCCAACAAUUGCAGCACCCAUCAGCCCCAUCAUUCCCCCAGCACCCAAAACAACGGAAAAAGUGCACGCGCCAAUCGCCGCCGACGCCGUAGACGCAACAAACAUCAGCAGAAUUCGCAGCAGCCUGACGCCUUCCGCGAUCCAGACACGCAGCUAACACCGAGCACCUCCUCGUCCACCCCGCACUCUGCACCCAACGAUAGACAGGACCACUUAGACUCCCACUUCAAUUCCCAAUCCCAAUCCACAUCCAACAAGAUGCCCGCCCGAUUCGCCGAGGAAGUUAUCACCGCUGAGCCCGCACAGCGUGCCGCCCCCCAAUUGGACCUGGGUGGUGGUAACUAUGUGCCCCGCCAGCAGCACCUCAACGAUGAGAUCGCCAUCACCGGUUUCUCCGGCCGUCUCCCGGAGAGCUCCACCAUCGAGGAGUUCAAGCAGAACCUCUUCGACGGCGUGGACAUGGUCAACGACGAUCCCCGCCGCUGGGAGCGAGGUCUUUAUGGACUGCCCGACAGGAUCGGCAAGCUCAAGGAGAGCGACCUGGAGAACUUCGACCAGCAGUUCUUCGGUGUGCACCAGAAGCAGGCCGAAUGCAUGGACCCUCUGCUGCGCAUGCUGCUCGAGCUGACCCACGAAGCCAUCAUUGAUGCUGGCUUGAACCCCAGUGAUCUGCGUGGAUCCCGCACUGGUGUGUACAUCGGUGUGUCCAACUCGGAAACCGAGCAGCACUGGUGCAGCGAUGCAGACCGCGUGAACGGCUAUGGCCUGACGGGAUGUGCCCGUGCCAUGUUCGCCAACCGCAUCUCCUUCACCUUUGAUUUCAAGGGACCCAGUUACAGCAUUGACACCGCUUGCUCCAGUUCUCUGUACGCCUUGGAACAGGCCUUCUCCGAUAUGCGCGAGGGAAAGGUCGACAAUGCCCUGGUCGCCGGAGCUGGUUUGAUCCUUAAGCCCACCAUGUCGCUGCAGUUCAAGCGACUGAACAUGUUGAGCCCCGACGGUAGCUGCAAGGCCUUCGAUGAAUCCGGCAACGGAUACGUCCGUUCCGAUGGUUGUGUGGUGCUCCUUCUGCAGCGCACUUCGGCCGCCAGGCGUGUGUACGCCUCCAUCCUUAAUGUGCGCACCAAUACCGAUGGUUUCAAGGAGCAGGGUAUCACCUACCCCAUUGGCAAGAUGCAGAACCGCCUGAUCCGCGAGACUUACGAGGAGAUUGGCCUGAACCCCGCCGAUGUGGUGUACGUGGAGGCCCACGGUACUGGCACCAAGGUGGGCGAUCCCCAGGAGGUUAACUCCAUCACCGACUUCUUCUGCAAGAACCGUACUAGCCCCCUGCUGAUCGGAUCGGUCAAGUCCAACAUGGGUCACUCUGAGCCCGCCUCCGGUGUCUGCUCGGUGGCCAAGAUCCUGAUCGCCAUGGAGGAGGGCGUCAUUCCCGGCAACUUGCACUACAAUAAGCCCAACCCCGACCUUUACGGACUCGUUGAUGGCCGCCUCAAGGUGGUGGACAAGAACCUGCCCUGGAACGGAGGUAUCAUUGGUCUGAACUCCUUUGGUUUCGGUGGCGCCAAUGCCCACGUUAUCUUGAAGUCGAACCCCAAACCCAAGGCCCUGACUCCCAAGGAUGGAGCCCUGAAAGUGGUUCUCGCCUCUGGACGUACCUUUGAGGCUGUGGAGCAGCUGCUGGAGUCCGCCACCACCCAUGCCGAUGAUGAUGAGUACCUGCAACUGAUCAACGACAUCCACUCGAAGGCUAUUCCCAACCACUUCUUCCGUGGCUACGGAGUGGUCAGCAGCAAGGGCACCCACCAGCGUGAGGUGAUCGAAUCCACCGACGAGAAGCGUCCCGUUUGGUACGUCUACUCCGGCAUGGGCAGCCAGUGGGCCAGCAUGGCCAAGGAUCUGAUGCAGAUUGAGGCCUUCGCCAAGACCAUUCAGCGUUGUGCCGAUGUCCUGAAGCCCGAGGGAGUGGAUCUAAUCGAUGUGCUGACCCGUUCCACGGACAAGAGCUUCGAGAACAUCCUGAACUCGUUCAUCUCGAUCGCUGCCAUGCAGGUGGCUCUGACGGAUCUGCUCAGCUCUCUGGGCAUUCAUCCCGACGGAAUCGUUGGACACUCGGUGGGAGAGCUGGGAUGCGCCUACGCCGAUGGCUGCUUCACCCCGGAGCAAACCGUGCUGGCUGCCUACUGGCGUGGAAAGAGCAUUCUGGACACCCAACUGGUCAAGGGCAAGAUGGCCGCUGUGGGAUUGAGCUGGGAGGACGCGCACAGCCGUGUGCCCAGCGAUUGCUUCCCGGUGUGCCACAACAGCGAGGACAACUGCACCAUCUCCGGUCCGGAGGCCUCCAUCGAGGCUCUGGUUGCCAAACUGAACGAGGAUGGAGUCUUCGCCAGGGCGGUGAACUCCUCUGGAUACGCUUUCCACAGCAAGUACAUCGCUGAGGCUGGACCCAAACUACGCAAGAGCCUGGAGAAGAUCAUUCCCAACGCCAAGAACCGCACCGCCCGCUGGAUUAGUACCAGCAUCCCAGAAUCCGCUUGGAACUCUCCCGUGGCCAAGCAGUCUUCGGCCGCCUACCAUGUCAACAACCUGCUCUCGCCGGUGCUCUUCCACGAGGCUCUCCAGCACGUGCCCAAGAACGCCAUUUCCAUUGAGAUUGCUCCCCACGGUCUGCUGCAGGCGAUCCUCAAGCGCGCCCUGGGUCCCGAUGCCACCAAUCUGAGUUUGGUGAAGCGCGGCCACGAGAACAACGUGGAGUUCUUCCUCACCAAUGUGGGCAAACUCUUUGCCGCCGGUGCCCAACCUCAGGUGCUGAAUCUGGUGCGUCCCAUCACCUACCCGGUCGGUCGUGGAACCCCCAUGUUGAACUCCAAGGUCGGAUGGGACCACAGCCAAAAGUGGCUGGUGGCCAAGUUCGGCAAGGAGACUUCUUCCGGUGAGACCAUCGUGGAGGUGGAUCUCUCUAAGGAGGAUGAUGCCUUCCUGGCUGGACACACCAUCGAUGGCAGGAUCCUGUUCCCGGCCACCGGUUACAUGACCCUCGCUUGGCAAACCUUCGCCAAAAUGCGCGGCAGUGAGUUCCACAAGACACCCGUGGUCAUGGAGAACCUCGUGUUCCACCGCGCCACCAUUCUCAACAAGAACGCCGUGGUCAAGUUUGGCAUAAACUUCUUUGACGGAACUGGCGCUUUUGAGAUUUGCGAGAGCGGCAGCUUGGCGGUUUCCGGCAAGAUCACCAUUCCCGAAUCCAUUGACAACGAGGAGCUGCCCCUGGAGGAGCAGACUCCCAGCGCUGUGGCCAAGGAGCUGGUGACCAACGAUGUGUACAAGGAGCUGCGUCUGCGUGGCUACGACUACGCCGGAAUUUUCCGCGGCAUCGUUCGCUCCGAUACUGUGGCUUCCACCGGUAAGCUUCAGUGGGUGGACAACUGGAUCAGCUUCAUGGACACCAUGCUGCAGUUCAGUAUCCUGAGCAAGAACCUCCGUGAGCUGUACCUGCCCACUCGCAUUGAGCGAGCGGUGAUCAAUCCUGCCAAGCACCUGGAGCUCUUGGCUGCCCUCACCAAGGAGGAACAGCUUGAGACUGGACUGCCUGUGCAGUGGUACAGCGACAUCAACGUGAUCAAGAGCGGUGGCGUGGAGCUGCGAGGCCUGAAGGCCAAUCUCGCCCAGCGUCGUCCUGGCACACAGGCUCCUCCCACUGUGGAGCGCUAUCAGUUUGUGCCCAACAACAACACCACCGAUCUGCACGAGAACUCCGAGAAGGCUCGUCUGCACGCUUUGGAUGUGGCCAUUCAGGUGAUCAUUGAGAACUCCAGUGGAGCCGUGAAGCUAAAGGGUGUGGAGCUGGCCAACGGACGCAACCCCGAUGUGCUGGUUGCCAACCGCCUGCUGCAGAUUAUCGAGGGUGAGCCCGUGCUCACCGGCGAUGUGGCUGUGGCUACCUCAAACAACAAUGAGGAGACCAUCACCGCCGCACUCGGCGAUUCCGGUGUGCGAGUGGUGUCCAAGGAUGUGCUGAAGGAACCAGUUGAGCAGAACUGUCACUUUGUCUUUGGUAUCGAUGUUCUUUCCCGUCCGGACACCAAGACCCUGGAGAACUCCAUCGCUAGCAUUCGCGAGAACGGCUUCCUGAUCCUCGAGGAGACGCUGCCCACUUACACCAAGACGGGUCGUGCUGUGCUGGCCAAAUUUGGCUUCGUUGCUGUUCAGGAACAGAGUCUGGGAGCCACCCGUGUCCUGGUUCUGGCUCGCAAGGCCUUGGAUCUGAAGACCCGUAAGUCCGUCGUGGUUGUGGCCACCGAGCAGAACUUUGACUGGGUUGAUGACCUGAAGGUAGCUUUGGCUACUGCUUCCACCGAGGAGCAGUACGUGUACGUGGUUUGCCAGGGAGAGGAGCUAUUCGGAGCCGUGGGUCUGAUGACCUGCAUCAAGAACGAGAACGGCGGCAAACUGGCCCGCCUUGUCUUUGUCCAAGAUGCCAAGGCUGAGAAGUUCUCCCUGACAUCGCCACUCUACCGCCAACAGCUGGAGAAGGACCUUAUCUCGAACGUGCUGAAGAAUGGAGCUUGGGGAACCUUCCGUCACCUGAAACUGGAGACCCAACAGGCAACCCUCCAGGUGGAGCACGCCUAUGUCAACGCUUUGGUCAAGGGAGAUCUGGCCUCGCUCAAGUGGAUCGAGGCUGCCCAGGCGGAUACUGCUGCCACCGUUGACAAGAACCUGGAAACCUGCACCGUCUACUAUGCCCCCAUUAACUUCCGUGACGUUAUGUUGACCUCGGGCAAACUGGCCGCCGAUGCUCUGCCCGGAGAUCUGGCUGAGCAAGAUUGUGUGCUGGGUCUGGAGUUCGCUGGACGCGACACCCAGGGCCGUCGUGUGAUGGCCAUGGUGCCAGCCAAGUCCCUGGCCACCACCUGUGUGGCCAGCAAGCGCAUGAUGUGGCAGAUUCCCGAGAAGUGGACCAUGGAGGAGGCCUCCACCGUUCCCUGUGUGUACUCCACCGUCUACUAUGCUUUGGUUGUGCGCGGACAGAUGAAGAAGGGUGAGAAGAUCCUCAUCCACGCCGGAUCCGGAGGAGUUGGUCAGGCGGCCAUCUCUGUGGCUCUGGCCCAUGGAUUGACCGUGUUCACCACCGUGGGCAGCAAGGAGAAGCGUGAGUUCCUGCUGAAACGAUUCCCCAAGCUGCAGGAGCGCAACAUUGGCAACUCCCGAGACACCUCCUUCGAGCAGCUGGUGCUGCGCGAAACCAAGGGACGAGGUGUGGAUCUGGUCCUCAACUCGCUCUCCGAGGAGAAACUCCAGGCUUCGAUCCGCUGCCUGGGUCUCAAUGGACGCUUCCUGGAGAUUGGCAAAUUCGAUUUGAGCAACAACAGCCCACUUGGAAUGUCCGUGUUCCUCAAGAACACCUCGUUCCACGGCAUCCUUCUGGACAGUGUGAUGGAAGGCGAGGAGGAGAUGCAGAACCAGGUGGUUUCCCUGGUGGCCGAGGGCAUCAAGACCGGAGCCGUGGUGCCCCUGCCCACAUCCGUGUUUAACGACCAACAAGUGGAGCAGGCCUUCCGAUUCAUGGCUUCUGGCAAGCACAUUGGUAAGGUUGUGAUCAAGGUGCGCGAUGAGGAGGACGGCAAGAAGGCGGUACAGCCCAAGGCGCGCCUGAUCAACGCCAUUCCACGCACCUACAUGCACCCGGAGAAGAGCUACAUCCUGGUCGGAGGUCUUGGAGGAUUCGGUCUGGAGCUGACCAACUGGCUGGUGACUCGCGGAGCCCGCUACAUUGUGCUCACCUCCCGUUCCGGAGUGAAGACCGGCUACCAGGGUCUGAUGAUCCGUCGCUGGCAGGAACGUGGCGUCAAGGUCGUGAUCGAUACCAGUGAUGUGACCACCGCCGCUGGAGCCAAGAAGCUGCUGGAGAACAGCAACAAACUGGCUUUGGUCGGUGGCAUCUUCAACUUGGCCGCCGUUCUUCGCGAUGCUCUGAUCGAGGAUCAGACCGCCAAGGACUUCAAGACAGUGGCUGAUCCCAAGGUAACGGCCACCAAGUACCUGGAUCAGUACUCCCGCACCAUCUGCACGGAGCUGGACUACUUCAUCUGCUUCUCUAGUGUUUCCUGCGGUCGCGGCAACAUUGGACAGACCAACUACGGUUUGGCCAACUCUGCGAUGGAGCGCAUUUGCGAGCAGCGCCAGGUGAGCGGAUUCCCAGGAACCGCCAUCCAAUGGGGAGCCAUCGGAGACACCGGUUUGGUUCUGGAGAACCUGGGUGACAACGACACCGUGAUUGGAGGAACCCUGCCCCAGAGGAUGCCCUCUUGCCUGCAGACCAUCGACCUGUUCCUGCAGCAGCCCCAUCCCGUCGUCGCCUCCAUGGUGGUGGCCGAGAAGCGCAAGUCAGACCAGUCGGCUGGAGUCAGCCUAAUCUCCACCAUUGCCAACAUCCUUGGUCUGAGGGAUACCAAGAACAUCCAGGACGGAGCUUCCCUUGCUGAUCUGGGCAUGGAUUCGCUUAUGAGCGCAGAGAUCAAGCAGACGUUGGAGCGUAACUUCGACAUUGUUCUUUCCGCCCAGGAGAUCCGUCAGCUUACCUUCGGAGCCCUCAAGGCUAUGGAUGGCGGAGCUGAGGCCAAGCCAGCCGCCGCUGCUCCCGCCGCAGCUGCAGGUGCCACUGGAGCCGCUGAUGCAACCAUCAGCUCUGGAGGAUCCUCGCGCACGGCCAGCCCGAUGGGCGAUGGAACCCAAGUGGUGUUCACCACUGCCCUCAUCCCCACCAAGGCAAUCGUUGCGCUGGAGACCAAGGCACCUGCGAAUAGCAAGCAGAGCCCCAUCUUCUUCGUUUCCCCGAUUGAGGGCUUCGCCUCCGCUCUGGAGCCGCUGGCCAAGCGAUUGGAGGUGCCAGCCUAUGGACUACAGUUCACAGAAGAUGUGCCCUACGAUUCCCUUGAAUCGGCAGCCAAGUUCUUCAUCAAGCAACUGCGUUCCGUCCAGCCAAAGGGUCCGUACAAGCUAGCCGGUUACUCAUUCGGCUGCCUGCUCGCCUACGUGAUGGCCGGUAUUCUGGAGGAGACCAACGAGGUUGCCAACGUGAUCAUGUUGGACGGUGCUCCCAGCUACGUCAACUGGUACACGAGCAGCUUCAAGCAGCGCUACACGGACGGCAGCAACCGGGACAACGACAACCAGAGCUACGGUCUGGCUUACUUCGGAAUUGUGCUUGCCAACAUCGACUACAAAGCGCUGGUGCGCCUGCUACUUUUGAUCCCCACAUGGGAGGAGAAACUCGAGAGGUUCGCUGAGCUGAUGAGCAAUGAGAUCACCCAGCCCGCGGAAACGAUCAAGAAAUCCGCCACUCUGUUCUACAAGAAACUGGAGCUGGCUGAUGGCUACCUGCCCACUCUGAAGCUCAAGUCGAGCGUUACCCUGGUGAAGCCCACAGACAACUCUGCUAAGUUGGACGAGGACUACCGUCUCAAGGAGGUCUGCACAAAGCCCGUUGAGGUUCACACCGUUGAGGGCAACCACCGCACCUUCCUUAUCGAGGAUCAAUCGUUGAAGACCAUCCAGAGCAUACUGAAGCGUCUGUUUAACUAGGCUACACAGAGGAUUAGCAUAAGAGUUGUGGAUGUGGCAUAGCACUACGACCCACGACCCUCAUCAUCACCCACUCACCGUCACCGUCACACACAUCCAAUACUCGGGUUCUAUGCACCAUGUGGAGCCACGGAACACAUCGACACCUAGUUAGCAUACUUAGUGAUUGAAUUUACGUUGUUGAGCCGCAAGGAAUCGCUCGCCCCAUCCCAGUUACGCACAGCUAGAAGAGAUAAGUCAACAAAUCGGAUUGGAUUGGAGUGGAUCGGAUUGCAUCGGCCUAACUGCUGUCUUGCAGGGCUGUAGACUUUGGUCCAAAAUUUAGUCUAUAGUGUCUACGAUUCUGGGCAGUUGAAAGGAUGCAAAACGAGAGACCCAAUCCAUUACACUUAACGCUUUGUGCACCGUACAGUUCCAGUACACGACAUUCCUUGAGAGCUAGACGGCACUAGACGUCCCAACUUACCAAAUAUAUCUUUUAUGCUCUAUCUAUAAUGUAUGUCGCAUAUUCUAGUUUUAUUGCCUAGUUGUAAGCCUACAGUUUGUAGUCGCGCAUGUAAUGAAUUUCAUUCCUCGAACUAACGCAAGAAUAGAAACUACAAAAUUUGUUAUCUCUCUUGAUGUAUAAAAUAAUCGCAGAAAAAUGAUCACUCAUGAAUAUUGUGGAUAUUAAAAUUACACCAUACUAAAAAAUAAUAA